AUGACGGAAAAGGGGAGAGGACGCGCAAUUGGUAUUGAUUUGGGGACUACGUACUCGUGUGUGGCUGCGUGGAAGCACGGCCGCAUUGAGAUUAUACCAAACGAGCAAGGCAACCGCACAACGCCGUCUUACGUGGCUUUCACCGGCACCGAGCGUCUCAUCGGCGACCCCGCUAAGAAUCAAGUCGUCAAAAAUCCGAUCAACACUGUUUUCGAUGCAAAGAGGUUGAUUGGUCGUAAAUUCAGUGAUCCGGCAGUUAAGAGAGACAUUAAACAUUGGCCAUUCAAGGUCGUUCCUGGCGCCGGCAGCAAGCCUAUGAUCGUGGUAACCUACAAAGGGGGGGAGAAACGGUUUUCAGCUGAGGAGAUCUCCUCAAUGGUGCUUAUCAAGAUGAAGGAUAUCGCUGAGGCAUAUCUUGGAUCAACUGUAACGGAUGUUGUCGUGACUGUGCCUGCUAAUUUCAACGACUCUCAGCGUCAGGCCACUAAGGAUGCCGGAACCAUUGCCGGCCUUAAUGUUAUGAGGAUCAUCAAUGAGCCUACUGCUGCAGCCAUUGCAUACGGGCUUGAUAAUGGGGGCAGUAGCUCUGUGGCAAAGAACGUUCUCAUUUUCGACCUUGGUGGUGGCACGUUUGAUGUGACUGUGGCCAUGAUCAAGGCUGAUGACAUUGAAGUGAAGGCUACAAUAGGUGAUACUCAUCUUGGAGGUCAGGACAUGUGCAGCAGGAUGGUGAAUCACUUCAAGAAAGAGUUCAAUACCAAGACGGGAAAGGAUGUUAGUGGGGAUCCAAAAGCUGUAAGAAAAUUGUGGAAUGCUUGUGAAAGGGCAAAGAGGACCCUUUCAUCCACUUUGGUAACCCCAAUUGAGAUUGACUUGUUGUUUCAGGGGAUUGAUCUGUAUUCGACUAUUACUCGUGCUAAAUUUGAGGACCUUAACAUGGAUUUAUUCAACAAGUGUAUGAAGCUGGUUGAGAAAUGCUUGGGAGAUGCAAAGAUGGAGAGGAGUAGUGUGGAUGAGGUGGUGCUGGUAGGCGGGUCGAGUAGGAUUCCCAAGGUGCAGGAGAUGCUGCAGGAGUUUUUUGGGGGGAAGGAGGCGCGCAAGACCAUUAAUCCAGACGAAGUUGUGGCAUAUGGUGCAGCAGUGCUGGCUGCCAAGUUGAGUGGUGAAGUCCAUGACAAGGUGCGGAAUGUUGUUCUUUUUGAUGUUACUCCGCUAUCAAUUGGGGUUGAACAGCUGCAAGUUGAGGCGAUCGGGAUCGAUUUGGGCACGACGUAUUCGUGCGUGGCAGCAUGGCAGCACAACCGCAUCGAGGUCAUAGCCAACGAUCAGGGCAAUCGCACCACACCCUCUUGUGUUGCUUUCACUGACAACGAGCGUCUCAUCGGAGAAGCCGCCAAGAAUCAAGUCGCCAGUGCUCCAACUAACACCGUGUUUGAUGCAAAGAGGCUGAUUGGACGUAAAUUCAAUGAUCCAAUGGUUCAGAGUGACAUGAAACUCUGGCCAUUCAAGGUCGUUUCUGGUACUGGCGACAAGCCUAUGGUCGUGGUAACCUACAAAGGAGAGAAGAAACAAUUUUCAGCCGAGGAGAUCUCUUCAAUGGUGCUCUCCAAGAUGAAGGAUAUCGCCGAGGCCUAUCUUGGUUCAUCUGUGAAGAAUGCUGUCGUGACCGUACCUGCUUAUUUCAAUGACUCUCAGCGCCAGGCAACCAAGGCUGCUGGAACGAUUGCCGGCCUAAAUGUUGUAAGGAUCAUCAAUGAGCCUACUGCUGCAGCCAUCGCAUACGGUCUAGAUAAAGGGGGUCUUGUGGCUAAGAAUGUGCUGAUUUUUGACCUUGGUGGUGGCACGUUCGAUGUGUCUGCGACCACUAUUGAGACCGAUAUCAUUGAAGUGAAGGCUAUUGUGGGCGAUACUCAUCUUGGGGGGCAAGACUUUGACAGUAGGAUGGUGAAUCAUUUCGUAAAGGAGUUUGAAAGGAAAAAUGGUAAGGAUAUUAGUAUGAAUCCGAGAGCUAUUAGGAGAUUGAGAAGUUCUUGUGAAAGAGCCAAGAGAAUGCUUUCUUCCACUUGCCAAACUAAUAUCGAUAUUGAAUCUUUGUUUGAGGGGAUUGAUCUAUUUUCAACCAUCACUCGUGCUAAAUUUAAUGAGCUCAACAUGGAUUUGUUCAACAAGUGUAUGGAAUUGGUUGAGAAAUGCCUGAGUGAUGCAAAGAUGAAGCGGAGGAGUGUGGAUGAGGUGGUGCUGGUGGGCGGGUCGAGUAGGAUUCCGAAGGUGCAGGAGCUGUUGAAGGAGAUUUUCAAUGGGAAGGAGGCGUGCAAGACUAUUAACCCAGACGAAGCUGUGGCUUAUGGUGCUGCAGUGCUGGCUGCCAAGUUGAAUGGUGAAAGCAAUGAGAAAGUGCAGAAUGUGGUUCUUUCGGAUGUUACUCCUUUGUCACUUGGUAUUGAAUGCAAUGGAGACGUGAUGAAGGUAAUUAUUCCAAGGAAUACACCUAUCCCAACAAGGAAAGAGAGGAAACAUUUCCAAACGACAUAUGACAAUCAGACCAGAGUAAAGCUUGGGGUGUAUGAGGGAGAAAGAAACAAGGCAACAGACAACAAUCUGCUAGGUGAAUUCAUCCUUCAAGGCAUUCCAGCAGCACCCAGAGGUGUUGCUAAAUUCAAUGUGUGCUUCGACGUUGAUGAGAAUGGCAUCUUGAAUGUGUCAGCGGAGCACAUUGAGACUGGAUUGAAGAACAACAUCAGCAUCACCAAGGGCAGGCUUUCUGAGAAAGAAAUAGAGAAGAUGGUGAAAGAUGCAGAGAAGUACAAGAGGGAGGACGAAGAGUAUAGGAAGAAAGCUGAAGCGAGGAGAGCUUUGGAAAUCUACGCCUACGACAUGAGGAACAACACCAGAUGUGCAGCCGGGAUAGGAGCCACCGACAAGAAGAAGAUAGAGAAGGCAUUCGAGUCUACUAUUAAAUGGUUGGAGUUGAACAAACUUGCAACGGUUGAUGCUUUCAAAGAGAAGAUGGAGGAGCUUAAGCUGAUUUACAAUCCCAUCGUUGCCAAGAUGCACCACAGUCCCAGCCCAAGUAUUAAGAAGCAGAUUAGUAGUAUUAAGAAGUGGAUUAGUAGUAUUAAGAAGUGA